UUAUACUACGAGAUCUAUGUUUACUACAGACCGAUUGACACAUUGUGACAGUUAUAUACAAUGAUUUUUAACUUCAAAAAGUUUAAUGCUUCACACAAUUAGAGACAAUGAAGAAUUAUUUAUUAAAAUGGAUGAGAUGUAACUUAACACUGUUAUUUUUCUUUAUCCUCAUCGAGACUUGUAAGGCUGAUACAACAGAAGACUCAAACAUUUUAGAAGUAGCCAAAAGAAACUUACUAUGCAGAGAAAAGGAAUACCUAAAAUCGGCACCAUUGAGUGAGAACUUGAAAAAUUUUAUAAAAAGAUUUAAGAGGAAAGCGCGUCUUUUACAACUAGAAAAGCUUAAAGCAAACAAAGGCAAUGCGUCUGAAUUGGCAAUGAGAAGAGUAAGAGUUGCAGACGAUUCCGAUACAUCAAUUUCUCAAGAAAGCACAACCUUAGUAUCAACUUCGCAUGUAUCAAAGUCAUCGUUGCCAUCAUCAAGUGUUCAAAGUUCUGAAUCAUCGACUACUCUCCAAAAUAAUGGCCACUCUUCUUCAGCUGGUACAACAAAUUCCGGACCCAGUACUGAAUCAACUAAUCAGUCAUCCUUAGUAUCGUCUUGCAAAAACGGAGAUGAUGAUAAGAGCGGUGAAUUAGUAACAGAUGAAUACGAUACAGAUUCAGAAGAAACCACUACACAGAAGAAGGAGCUUUUAGGAAAAGUUAUGAAAGACGUGCAAGAGCUUAUCAGAUACGAAAACGCAGCCAAAACUUCAGAAGGAGAUGCAAGUCUUUGCAAUAUUACCGGUGAUUGGGACAGUUUUGCUGGUGGAAUGCAGAUCAGAUUUUUCAAUAGAUUUCAUCCGCAGGCCCCAAAUGUCAAAAUAGUACCGCAAGAACCGCCGAUGAACGGUUUUCUAACCGAAAGCAGUUGGAACGCUACUUCACUGGUACCUUUCAAACAUUCUUCCUUGGUAGCACUCACUGCCGUUUCUAACAAAGGUAAAAAAAUUGCAAAUUUUCUUGGUGAAUGCAGAAUCUGUGAAGGGUCAGAAAGUAUUACAGGCCAUUGGAUGGUAAGACGACGAUCUAAGAAUUGCAAAGAUAGAGAGGAAGCUAACACGUUCAUCAGUGACGUUUUAAGGAAGAACAACGUUAGAAAAUUGCGCAAGGAACAUCUCAAUCAAGUCUCAACUAGCUCUAACUUGGAUGCUGAUUUAUCAGAGUAAUAAGUUUUGCAAAUUAUAUUUUCUAUUGUAUUAUAUUAUUUGUUUAUAUGUGACUUAAAAAGAAAUAUUUGAUAUUUU